AGAGCAAAAACUGUGAUGAUUGUGUUUUACAAAAUAAGGGUUUCGUGUGAACUCUCCUUUGAAUCCAUCCUCCUUGUUAUUCCCGCUAGGUUCAACGACGGUGACCAGUUCAAGGACCCUGACCUGUACUCAGACAAGUCGGACCGGGAGGGGGAGCAGGACCAUGAGGAGUCAGACGUGGAGGGUCUGGGGAAGAGCGAGGAGAGUGACAGUGACACGUCAGAACGUCAGGAUGACUCCUACAUUGACCUUGACCCCAACGAGGCCCUGCGGGAGACUCCGUACCUGGAACAGUCCCACGAGGAGCUGGGAGAGGCUGGUGAGGCGUCCCAGACAGAGACGGUGUCGGAGGAGAAUAAGUCUCUGAUCUGGACGCUGCUGAAGCAGGUCAGGCCUGGGAUGGACCUGUCUAAAGUGGUCCUGCCCACCUUCAUCCUGGAGCCACGCUCCUUCCUGGACAAGCUGUCCGACUACUACUACCAUGCUGACUUCCUCUCUGAGGCAGCUGUAGAGGAGAAUGCCUACAGCAGGAUGAAGAAAGUAGUGAAGUGGUAUAUCUCUGGAUUCUACAAAAAGCCACAGGGACUGAAGAAGCCAUAUAACCCCAUCAUCGGUGAGACCUACCGCUGUAUGUGGCUCCAUAGCAAGACCAACAGCAAGACAUUCUACAUCUCUGAACAGGUGUCCCAUCAUCCUCCAGUGUCAGCGUUCUACGUCAGUAACAGGAAGGACGGCUUCUGUCUCAGCGGAAGCAUCCUGGCCAAGUCCAAGUUCUACGGAAACUCCCUGUCGGCCAUAUUGGACGGAGAGGCUCGGCUCACCUUUCUCAACAGAGGAGAAGACUACGUCAUGAACAUGCCCUACGCCCACUGCAAAGGCAUCUUGUAUGGCACCAUGACUCUGGAGCUGGCUGGCCAGAUCACUAUUGCCUGUGAGAAGACAGGAUACAGUGCCCAGCUCGAGUUCAAACUCAAGCCCUUCUUGGGUAACAAUGACAGUGUAAACCAGGUCUCUGGAAAGAUCAAGCUGGGGAAGGAGGUGCUGGCUACGCUGGAGGGACACUGGGACAGUGAAAUCUUCAUCAACGAUAAGAAGACCGGGGUGGUGGAUACGUUUUGGAACCCCACGGCAGAGCUGCGUCAGAGCAGGCUAACACGCUGCACCGUGCCUCCUGAGGACCAGGGAGACUAUGAGUCUGAGAGGUUAUGGCAGCAUGUAACAAGGGCCAUCAACAACAAGGACCAGACAGAGGCCACCAAUGAGAAGUUUAUCCUGGAGGAGGCUCAGAGGAAGUCAACCCGCGAGCGCAAGGCCAAGUGUGAGGACUGGGCGCCCGGGCUCUUUGAACAGGACCCCGUCACCGGAGAGUGGCAUUACAGAUAUGCCGACACCCGUCCGUGGGAUCCGCUGAAUGAUAUGAUUCAGUUUGAGAAAGACGGCUGGAUCCAGACUAAAGUGCGGCAUCGCACCCCAAUGGUGUACAAGCGUGUGUGUGCGGUGCGUGAGUGUUUUUGUGUGACAGGGCCCAAAAGAAAGCACAAGCACAGUGACAAGCCCAAGAAACCUGAGAGUGGCUGCUCCUCCCCAGAACCUGACCGCCAGGACUCCUCCGGCAGCGAGCGACACAACAGCAAGCACAGUAGCCGGUUAAGGAAAAAGGGCCCAGACCUUAGUGAACUUCAAAGUGCCAUUGAUUCUAUAAAGAAGACACAGGAGAACAUUUACAAGAGCAUCGGUGUGCUGCGCUCCCGAACUGCAGCGGGCCAGACGGCAGCAGAGGGCGGAUUCCUGCAGCAGCGCGACUACGCCAUCAUCAUCCUCCUCAUCCUCCUUCAGGUCUUCAUCAACUUCCUGUUCAAGUAGCAGCCGACAGACUGACAGCGAGAGAGACAUAUGGAGAGAGACAGAUGGAGAGAGAGAGACAUGACUCAUGGGGGGUUUGUCCAGGCUAAGGAGGAGAAACAGUCUGGAAGUGAACGAACUACAAGAGCACCCAGUAGCUCUGCCUCAACCCUCUCUCGCUCUCUCGCUCUCGCUCUCUCUCGCUCUCUCUCUCUACUGAGUUGAACCUGCUCCACUGUCCUCCGACGGGCCACCAUUGUCACGCACACGUCUCGAAAGCAAGCAUUCCUGAAAGAGGCUCCUCAAAAACAACUGAAAUUGUUUUUAAUUUCUAUUUAUUUGUACCCGUUUAAAGAUCCAUGUAUUUUUAAAGGGGGGGUGACACCGGCCAGGACUGAAGGGAAGUUGAGGUCAGCGUUCGGCCUUAGCCGACGUCAUGAUGUCGUGAACUGGGCCUUGGAGUAGGCAUUGACAUCUGGUGGCCAUUUUUAAUUUUGCUAACGGACACCGCUCCUUGCAUUUCACAUUGCCCUGAUUUCACCCGGCUCCCCAACUACAGGAAACAUUUUACACUGAGACUUUUGAAGAAAAAAGUUCAAUUUUUUUUUAAAGACUGUUGUUUUGUUUGUUUGGUGUGUCCUUUGUGAGUAGAACCUCUAGUUAAAAAAUAUACGAGAAGGGAGAAGAACAGUUUUAAGCGGUCCAAUAUAUGUGACGUUCUUUUGAAGCUUUGACAAGGCUCGAGUUUCCUAGCUUGAAGGUGAAUCGGCAACAAAAGAAAAA